GGGGGUCCACGGGGAGGGCCAGGGCCGCGCGGUCCGCAGGGGCUCCAGGAUCCGCAGGGAAGGUCUGGGGCUGCGCAGUCCGCGGGGGGCUUAGGGGGUCCACAGAGAGGGUCCGGGAGGUAUGCUCUUUGCUGUUCCCGGGGAACCCGGACUGGUGGUGGAUGAGAGAGCUGCCCCAGCCAGGAGCCCCAGGGAGUCGAGGGAGGCAACGGUCUGUGUCGGUCUUGGGCACAGUUGUUACCAGAGAAGCAUCACUAAUGCAGGACCCAGACUUUCUCUGGAAUAGCUUAAGUCAAAAUCUGUUCUGUUUGGCAGCAGUGCUGAAAAUUUUUUUUUUCUUUUUUCCCCCCUUUUAGUAAUAAGUGUGGGAAAGACUUAACCCUGGAGAAGGUAACCUUCUCCAGGGUCAUGGUCACGGUGAAUGUGAGUGGGUGGGGACAAGAUGUGGGGUUUGAAAAUACCCUUAUUUUAGUCGGUAGUGUUGUCUCCCCUGGGGUACUAGGAGCUGGACGGAGUAGCAUUCUAAAACCCAGAGAGGUGAGAGAGGAAAGCAUCGUGGCCAUCCUGCUUUCUGUAAGAGAUGCCUAGAAUCAGGCCUCCAAGGAGAGGGAGGCUCUGCUUACUCUUUACUGGCUGGAGCCUGGUGUUCUGCAGGCUCUGCAGAAGAGCCUGGAGGCCCCCUGUGAAAGUGCCCCAGGGAGGCCUGGGCUCUGUCCAUCUGGGGCUCCUCCCCCACCAGCACGUGGUUGACCCUGUGAGUCUUGAGUGCAUUUCAUCCUGGAAAAGUGCAUUUAGAGGGAGGAGGGAGAGAGAAUAUGCUUGAAGGGUGUUCUGCAGAUGCUAUAUUUGCCUACUCUUGUUGGGAGAGAUAUGCCUGGAGAAGCCUGAGCUGUUCCUGGACCGUGGAGUGGAGGGAGCAUCCUUCCCGAGUUCUGAAGAGCAUGUUGUCAGUUAUGUACAGACGUGGGCUUGCUGAUGAUUACAAAGACAUUUUUCUCCGGGUUCCUACACCUCAGAGAGAGAUGAUUUUUUGGUCAUUGUUGAAUAUGUUUUGGGUGGAAUUAGUGACAGAGGUUGAUCUUUGUUAGAACUUGAAAAAUUGUUCAAAGUCUCUGACUUUCACAUUGAGGAGUGGGCUGUGGGAUAGAUGUUCUUUAAAUUACUUCUCUCAAAAUAAAUUGGGUUCUUAUCUCCCAAGUUCUGUUUAUCCUCUUGUUUGGUUCCCGAACAUUUGCCCUUGGACCCAUGUCCAUCUAUGUCCUCACCUGUCCACAGUAAGGUAUGAGUUUCGAUUAAGACAGGGAUAUUGGAAUCUUCACUUUACAGAUUGGAUUUUAUUCUGAGAGCAUAUUCAUUAUGCUCACCCUUUAUUUUGGCAUUGGUAUGGUUUUAUUUAUGGAUAUGAGGAAUGAUGCAUCUGAAAUUUGCUGUCAAUAAUGUGGGGACAGGAGAGGAAUCAGGAGUGGGCCUACAUAGUAAUUAUUGAUGCUGAAUAAAGGGAAUAUGUGGUCCCUGUAUUGUUGCCACCACAUUGUAUAUAUUUGAACGUUUUCACAGCAAAAAAUUUUUAAGUAUUUUUUUUUUUUUAAGAUUUUAUUUACUUAUUUGACAGAGAGAGACACAGUGAGAGAGGGAACACAAGCAGGGGGAGAGGGAGAGGGAGAAGCAGGCUUCCUGCGGAGCAGGGAGCCCGACGCAGGGCUCGAUCCCAGGACCUGGAAUCAUGACCUGAGCCGAAGGCGGACGCUUAACGACUGAGCCACCCAGGCGCCCCAAGUAUUUUAAUUUUAUGUAAUCAUAGUGAUGGUGGAUGGUAAAGAAAAUCUGCACUUAGGAAAGUGAAAAUGUGGCAAUUCUUACUGCUUCUUCGAUUUUCUUUUUUCUUUUUUCGAAAUUUAGGGGCACCUGGGUGGCUCAGAUGGUUAAGCGUCUGCCUUUGGCUCAGGUCAUGAUCCCAGGGUCCUGGGAUCGAGCCCCACGUUGGGCUCCUGGCUCAGUGGGGAGCCUGCUUCUCCCUCUGCCUCUCCCCCUGCUCAUGCUCUCUCUCUCUCUGUAUCUCUGUGUCUCAAAUGAAUAAAAUCUUUAAAAAAAUUUUUUAUCUUAAAAAAAAAAUUCUACUGGUUUAUGAAAUCUGGAAGUUGGAGGUGAGGGGGUUAUUACCUCUCACUCGAGAAAGUGAUUUAGACUGGAGAUCACUGAAGAUUUUUGUUCAUUGGGCUUGUCAUGGGCCUGAAGGUUAAGAUACCGAGCCAAGGGCAAUGUCUUCAUAUCACGCACAUUGUAAUAACUUGUAGCUAGUCCGUUCAGUUCUUCUCCAGACUCCCUAAAUCCAGUACCACCUGUACUCCUUCAACCUGAAUGCUGACUCUUCCAGACAGAUAGCCUUCCUGCUCUGGUUCCGCGCAGUGGUGCUGAGGAAAUAGUGGAAGAGAGCAACCUCACGUGGUGCUCCGUUCACCCCACAGAUUCUGAACGACAGACUUGCAGCUUUGGUGAUUUCACGGGGCAGAGCCGAGGAGCUCAUGCAUCGGAGGGUCCUGCCCUGCAUCUGCCCAGUCCGGCCAAGAACCUGACCUCAUGCUGCAGCAGCACCACGCCCAAGUUCAGACAUCCCAGGGUUGGCAACCAAUCCAGAGAAGCUUUUAUGGUGGCUAGCAUCAGUAAAGACCAGAGGGGAUUUUCACAGAAGUGACGCUCUGUUCCUGGGACUAGUUACUCGUCGCUCUGUGUUCCUUCUUGUCCCCACGGUGAUGCACCAUGCCAAUAGUCGAUAAAUUGAAGGAAGCCCUGAAACCUGGCCGCAAGGACUCGGCUGACGAUGGAGAGCUGGGAAAGCUGCUUGCCGCCUCUGCCAAGAAGGUCCUUUUACAGAAGAUCGAGUUCGAACCAGCCAGCAAGAGUUUCUCCUAUCAGCUGGAGUCAUUAAAGAGCAAAUAUGUCUUGCUGAACCCGAAAACGGAGGGAGCCGGUCGCCACAGGAGUGGAGACGAGCCACAGGCCAGGAGACAGGGCAGUGAGCAUGCCCACGAGAGCGGCGGUGAUGGGGUCCCCGCCCCACAGAAAGUGCUCUUCCCCACGGAGCGGCUGUCUCUGAAGUGGGAGCGGGUUUACCGCGUGGGAGCAGGGCUCCACAACCUGGGCAACACCUGCUUCCUGAACUCGACCAUACAGUGCUUGACCUACACCCCGCCUCUGGCCAACUACCUGCUCUCCAAGGAGCAUACUCGUAACUGUCACCAGGGCAGCUUCUGCAUGCUGUGCGUCAUGCAGAACCACAUGGUCCAGGCCUUCGCCAACAGCGGCAACGCCAUCAAGCCCGUCUCCUUCAUCCGAGAUCUGAAAAAGAUCGCUCGGCAUUUCCGCUUUGGAAACCAGGAGGACGCACACGAGUUUCUCCGGUACACAAUCGACGCCAUGCAGAAGGCCUGUUUGAACGGCCGUGCCAAGUUGGAUCGUCAAACGCAGGCUACUACUUUGGUCCAUCAGAUUUUUGGAGGCUAUCUCAGAUCACGUGUGAAGUGCUCGGUGUGCAAGAGCGUCUCGGACACAUACGACCCCUACCUGGACAUAGCGCUGGAGAUCCGGCAAGCUGCUAAUAUUGUGCGUGCUCUGGAACUUUUUGUGAAACCAGAUGUCCUGAGCGGAGAGAACGCCUAUAUGUGUGCAAAAUGCAAGAAGAAGGUCCCAGCCAGCAAGCGCUUCACCAUCCACAGAACAUCCAACGUCUUAACCCUUUCCCUCAAGCGCUUUGCCAACUUCAGUGGGGGGAAGAUCACGAAGGAUGUGGGCUAUCCGGAAUUCCUGAACAUCCGUCCGUAUAUGUCGCAGAGCAGCGGGGAGCCUGUCAUGUACGGGCUGUACGCGGUCCUGGUCCACUCGGGCCAUGGCUGCCACGCGGGCCACUAUUACUGCUAUGUGAAGGCAAGCAACGGACAGUGGUACCAAAUGAAUGAUUCCUUGGUCCAUUCCAGCAACAUCAAGGUGGUUCUGAACCAGCAGGCCUACGUGCUCUUCUAUCUGCGAAUUCCAGGCUCGAAGAAGAGUCCUGACGGCUCCCUCUCCAGGACUGUCUCCUCCGUUCCUGGCCGUCCAGGCGUGGUUCCAGACCACUUGAAGAAGAACAUUGGCAAUGGGGCCGUUGGCUCCCCGCUGACUGGGAAGCGACUGGACUCUGUGCCGAUGAAGAAGCUGCCGGCCCCUGAGGAGCUCGGCGUGCCCAUUUCCAGGAACGGCUCCGUGUCGGGUCUGAAGUCUCAGAAUGGAUACGUUCCUCCAAAGCCACCCGUGGGGGCCCCUUCCCCCCGACUCUCCAAAACACCCCCCCACGCACCAACCGUUCUGGAUGAGCCUGGAAAGAAAGUUAAGAAGUCGACGCCCCUGCAGCACCUCUCCCCGUCACGCAAAGCUUCUCAGGGGUUCCAUGGGACCAGCAACGGGAGUGGCAGCAGGAGUGAGAGCCUCAGGCAGGGCUCCUGGGACGGCAGGGGUGCUGCCCUCUCUACCUCACCCAGGCUCCCGGCCAGAGUGACUGCCAACGGGCAUGGGCCCAAGGCAGGUGGCGAGAGCCCCGAGCUCGAUGGGAGGGAUUCCAGCAGCUCCAGCCCAGAGCACUCCGCCAGCAAUGACCCCACCAAGGCCCCCCAGACACCCAGGAGCAGAGCGGCCCACUUGGGGGAUUCUCAGGGAACACACUCCAGAGCGCUGCCGGAUGGAGACGACCCCAAGGUGGUGAAGCCCAAGUCCCCUGUCCUGAGCAGCACCACCACCGAGCCCGCAAACAUCAUGUCUCCUCCACCAGCCAAAAAACUGGCCCUUUCUGCCAAGAAGGCCAGCACCCUGCGGAGGGCAGCCGACAAUGACCUCCGUCCACCCCUCUCACCACUGUCCGACCUCACCUACCCCAGGAAAACCACUCACCCUGUCGCCGCCUCCUCCUGGCCUGUCUGUGCAAUCAGGGCGCUUUCACCUGCUCCCCCACCAUCCAGCCACCUGAAGCUCCCCGUCGGUGCCCGCUCCGCGUCACUGUCCAGUAGCCCCCGACCUCCCGGGACGUCAGACCCACAGAGCUGCUCCCCCGCCUCUGCUCUCCUGCCUCAGGUCAAUGGGGGCUCCCAGGCCCCUUCACACCAGCUGCCAGAGGCCAGCAGGUCCCCCCAGAGCCUCGGUAAGAAGAGGAAAAGGAACCGCAGGGGGGAGAGCCAGGGGCAGGGCUCAGAGACGAGCACAGCAGCGGCAGCCUCUCCGGGGAAGAGGAGAAGGAAGAAGAGGAAGCGCGCGGGGGCCGUGGACGCCUCCCCCCCGCAGGAGGGGCAGAUGCAGAGGCAGCACUGGCGCCUCGAGCGCAGGACGGAGCCCCGGGCAGAGGUGCCCGCCGACAGACUGGAGGACCAGGGCGGAGGGCAGCAAGAGAAUGGCCGGCGGGGGGGGAGCGGGACCGACGGCCGCCCCGGGAGCAACAGGAAGAGGAGACGGAAGGGAGCGGAGGGCCUCGGUGCGGAAGACUGCCUCCCGCGGGACCCACCGUGGCACAGGAGCUGCUCUCCCUUGGAUGUCGUCGAGCUAGAGGCCACUGUGGCAUCUCCGAGGAAAAAGAAAAGGAAAAAAAGACAGCAGGAGUCAUGGCAGGAAGUAGAAGAGAACGAGCACCCUGAAGCCUGCAGGGGCGAGAGGCAGAGGGGCUCUGCUCUCCCUGGGAGCCCGCCUUCCCCGCCUGUGAACGGCAGGCGUCCCGGGGACGGAGCAGGGCAGGCCCCGGCUCCUCUUGUGUCCUGGAGCAGAGAGAGGGAGUCCGACGUGCUCCAGGAACUGCUCAAGUAUUCGUCAGAUAAAGCUUACGGGAGGAAAGUGUUGACAUGGGGCGGCGAGGUGUCGGCUGUCAGUCAGGAUGCCAUUCGGGACAGCAGAUGGGCCCGCGCCGCCACGGUGAUCGACGACUGGGAUGAAGAGUUCGAUCGAGGGAAGGAAAAGAAAGUGAAAAAGUUCAAAAGAGAGAAGAAAAGGACAUACAACGCCUUCCAGAAACUUCAGAGUAGACGGAACUUUUGGUCUGUGACUCAUCCAGCUAAGGCUACCAGCCUCAGCUACCGCCGCUGACUCUGCUGCUGUCAGAUGGGGAUGGCGGGACUCCCAGGGUCUCCCUCUCUUCAGGAGCAACGUCCUGUGCCCCACAGCCUCGGGAGACGAGGUGUCCCUUCCUGGGCCCUGUCCGUCUGAACUGAAGAGCGGCCUUGCUGAGGACCCCGCUGCCCCGUCACUGCCAGGCCCACGCUGUGAGCCAGCUGCAGGAGGACGGGACCUCGGGCGUCACCGCACGCACCGUGACAAGCCCCACGGUGAUGCGGAGAGCAGGUGGCAGCGCGCUGGCCGGGAACCUGGACAGCGGUGCGUGUGGUCUGUGGCCGAGAGCAGGGGAAACGGCGGCCGCAGCCCUCCCGGCACAUCCUCGAGUGAGCGAGCGCCCCCAGGGUGACCGAGUGUGCUGGGCUCGUCUCGGGAGCCGUCUGUCCCCUGCUGCUGGCGGCCAGCACCGCCGUCCGGUCCUGCCAUCCCCAUUUCUGCGGGGCAGGGACUCUGUAUGCCUUACGUGUCCCCCUCAGAAAGGAAGCCGAGGCCGCCCCGCACCGCACCUCUCCCUUUUCUGGAAUUGGGGGGCGGCCCUGCCAGUGUGUCCCUCCCUUGCAAGAGGCCCUAGCCCAUCUCUGGAGAGAGACGGCUCUUGGGGUGGGGCCGUGAGACGGCGUGCUGACUCCCCUGCCUUUCCAGCGGCUGUCGAUCCCCAGGUGGCCUUGCCAUUCCUUCCCUGCAGCUACAGCGGCCCGCGGGUCUGUAUCGAGGUGGUGGUCUUGGGGUAGAAUCCUUUUAUUUUACUACUUAUUAGAGACACGCAUUUUGACCAGGUCUGUGGCUUCCGUUAGCAAUACAUUUCCUUUCCCUGAUACCCAAUACUGGCUUUAUUUGCUCUAUUUUGUGAGUGCUUUUGAAUUUAAAUGAUUGUAUGACUCAAGAAGAUCACUUUUUUAUCUUGCUCAAGCUGUGCCUGCGAACUUGUAAUUUAAUAAAUACGGAAACCCUCAGUUAAGGUGACAUUUUCCGGAGAACAGACACACGACCCAGUAGCAGAAGGUACAGAGGUCAAUCCGAAAGUGACUCCGUGGAUGUACGUCUCCACUUCCUCUUCUCCAGAACGCCACACGCAGAGAGGGACUGACGUCUGAUGUGGACGUCCGUCCUCCACGGUGGCUCUUCGUGGCCUGAGGCCCACCGAUGGCCCCGUCUGGCACCCCUUGCCACCCGAGCCUUGCCGCUUGCUCUGGGGCCUGGGGGGGGGGGAAUCAGAAAAAAGUGUUCCAUUUUCAGGGUGGGGGUGGGGAGAUAUGUUAAUUUUUUCACGUAGGUAGUUCUUUUUGAUUUUUCUUCCUGUUCUUACAUUUCUCUUUGAAAAAGGUAGGGAGAAUAAUGAUGCCCAUGGCCCAAACUGGGGCUGCCUCUGGUCCCAGCAGGAGGUGAGCAGGGCACUGGCUGCAUCCGCCGGUCUGGGAGCCUUUUGCUCUUUUCUCAGAGGACAGAUUUCUCUGUUAACCACACCUUGUUCAAAGAUGAGGGUCGUGUCCCCCCUCUCCCCCUCCCCCCCCAGCAACCCCUAGUGCCCUGUGGCUUUGUCAUCUGCCACUUCGGGAGGGAAGGCAGGUGCCUUUAUGGACAGGGCAUUUUUUUUUUCCUCUUUUGGUGUUGACCUUCAUUCCUGUAUGGCCCUAUUUUUCUGUAACGUUCUGCAGUUGAAAAGGGAAGUUGUUGUCUGCAGCACAGAGUUCAUCUCUUUUCUUGCUCCCUCCUCUUCAAACCAGGCUCUUCCGUUUUCACUAUGUAAUUAUGAAACCUUUUCCUGAGGAAAACAUGCCCGCCGUGUCUUGGGCGGUGCUGAGCCCUGGCCUGACUGUUGGCAGCAUUGUCACUGUUCCGUAGGGGCGAGCCCCUUCCCUCCCACACCCGGCCAUCGGCCAAACUGGGAAGGGAAAGGAUGGGCCCAGAAAAUCAGUCCAAACUCUAGGGGACAUGUAAAUAUAUAAAUAUAUAUAAAUAUAUAUAAAUAACGAAAGAUUUUAUAAUAGCAGUCACUUGGUUGACUUAGAACGUGGGUUUAAUUUAACUUUGUGUUGGGGGGGUCGCCUCUCCCUGUGGUCCCGUGUGGCCUCACUCACCUGCCUUUUCCCGGUGGGCUUAGCCCACCACGUCCCCGUGCACUGUGCCUCCGCUCCAGGGGCUGAGGUGCCCCCGAUGUUGCCAAGAUCCUGGUGCAAUAAAACAGGUUUUUGUGA